UAAAUUACACUAAAUCUGCUCUCACUUUGAGCAACAUUUCUUCUAAUUUUCAUCAGUUUAAUUUCAACAAUACGGCAAAUAAGUUGAUAUUUCUCGACUGGAGAAUGAACGGAAAAAAGGGCAGUGUCGUAAUCGACGUCUCGAAACUUAGUAAGAAAUUUGAAGGUGAUGAAGGAAAAAAAACUGGAAAUGCAUGGAUGAAAAUAUGGGAGUUUUGUAAAGAAGAUAAAAAUAGAGUUAUAUUUGCAUUAAAAGUAGGAUUAGCUGUUCUUCUAGUGUCGUUGCUAAUAUUAUUUAGAGCUCCGUAUGAUAUUUUCGGAACAAAUAUUAUUUGGUCGAUUCUUACUGUUGCGAUCAUGUUCGAAUAUACAGUCGGUGCGACUUUUAAUCGAGGAUUUAACCGAGCACUUGGGAGUUUACUUGCGGGGAUUUUGGCUAUUGUUGUUGCUCAGUUAGCUCUAAGUAGUGGCAAAGUUGCUGAGCCUGUUAUCAUUGGGAUUAGCAUCUUCUUCAUUGGGGCAAUAACAUCAUUUAUGAAACUAUGGCCUUCGUUGGUGCCGUAUGAAUACGGGUUCAGGGUUAUACUAUUUACGUACUGCUUGAUCAUAGUGUCGGGAUAUAGAAUGGGGAAUCCCAUCACAACUGCCAUGGAUCGUCUUUAUUCCAUUGCCAUCGGAGGCUUUGUAGCUGUUCUGGUGAAUGUGCUAGUUUUUCCGAUUUGGGCCGGCGAGCAACUGCAUAAUGAGCUAGUUACCAGCUUUAACUCUGUGGCUGACUCUCUUGAAGAAUGUGUAAAGAAGUAUUUGGAAGAUGAAGGGUUCGAGCAUCCAGAGUUCUCCAACACUGUGAUGGAUGAAUUUCCUGAUGAGCCAGCAUACAAGAAAUGUAAAAAGACCUUGAAUUCCUCUGCAAAGCUUGAAUCUUUGGCGGUAUCAGCAAAAUGGGAGCCACCACACGGCAGGUUCCGACAUUUCUUCUAUCCAUGGUCGGAGUAUGUUAGAGUUGGAGCAGUUCUGAGAUAUUGUGCUUAUGAAGUUAUGGCUCUUCAUGGGGUCCUACAUUCUGAGAUUCAGGCGCCUUACAAUCUCCGCAUAACAUUCCAAUCAGAAAUUCUUGAAGCAACAACACAAGCUGCACAGCUUGUCAGAAAUCUAGGCCAAGAUAUUAGCAAUAUGAGGCAUAGCCUCAAUACCUUGCUGCUCAAGAAACUUCACAAUUCCACGGUGAGACUCCAGCGCGCCAUCGACACUCACUCUUACCUUCUUAUAUCUGACCUUCUCAAGCUGCCUCAAGCCAUUCCGUGUGACCAAACGAAUCAAUUGCCUGUUAUCGACGGCAAUGGCUUAACAAAUUUUUUGGAUUCAACGACUCAAAACGUACCUUCGGGAACAUUAGCAAUAGGACAACCUGUGGAGUCUUACCAUGAGAUGAUGAGAAAGCAAUCGAGGAGGCUGCAUUCAUGGCCGUCGAGGGAGGUGGACGCUUACGAAGAAGGAGGUGUUGAUACGGAGGUUGUUACGAGAAUGAGGGCAUUGGAGAGUACUGCAGCACUAUCACUUGCUACAUUUACUUCAUUGCUGAUAGAAUUUGUAGCGAGGCUUGAUCACUUGGUUGAAGCAGUCGAUGAGCUGUCAAAGAUGGCUAAGUUUAAAGAAGAGAGUGUAUAGUACGGAAUCAAAAAUUGUCUGCACAUACAGAUUUUGAUAUGAUACUCAUGUACAACAAAUUACUGCUGAAAGUAAUCAGCUAAAUAUAAUUCACUAUUUCA